AAAUGAAGCAUAAGCCGAGCAAGAGUCAAGUUCAAAAUCUUCAAGAGUGUAUUCUUUCGAAGAAAAUCAAAUUAUUUCAAAGCAAAGAGAGAGAAAAAUCAUUCCAUAAAUUCACUAGUCAGUCUAACACAGAUCUUAUUACUAAAAUUAAAGCUUGCAUGGACUUACAGAAGCAGAAGAAUAAGCCUAAAAAUUCUAAAACUAGUAAAUUUCAAUUGCUCCCUGUGAAGCAAUAUUCGUUUUAAAAAAGGUCUUCUCGAUUAUACCCAUACAAAGAAUAAGCUCGGAGCAAGGAAAUUAAAGAACAAGGAUUUUAAUCUAAAACUUCAAAUGGGUAAAUUUAAAAAGAGCUAUACGAGCAAAUAAAUCUACUAUCACUAAUUAUGAAAGAUUAUCGACCUCCCACACGAUCAGCUUAUCUCCGGCCAGAAUGACCCAGAAUAUGAACGGCUUAGCUAAAAUUAAGGAUAAUAUCUUUGAAAUAAAGCCAAUCGAGACUAUUAAAUUUGAUAGCCCAAAUACUACAAGUACCUGCUUUAGCAAACUCAACAAAUUCACUAAAUCAUAUCGUACAGAGCUGUGGAAGUUCAAGUCUAGGGUAAAUCUCUGUCAGAGUCCUGAAAAAGGCGGCUUCAAAGCAAAAAGAAUGAUACAUUCUCAACAGAAAUUGAAGCGGAGGCUUAACAAAACCAUGGAGAGCGUUCAGUUUACAGGCUUGUAUAUCAGUAACACAAACAAUACCAACAAUUCUAAAAUAAUGAUUAAUGAUUACGGUGCGAAGCAAGAGAUGGGUAAUACCAACCCUCUGAAUACUCCUGAAGCAUAUAAACAUAAAGCCAAAGAGGUCUGAAAGUAUGAAGAGAUCAACUCAAAAUCCCAAGAAACCCUCAGCUAUAACAGAGGUUGCAUAAAUACUGACCAAAGGAUGACUUCAAGACUUGGAUUGUGCAGUUCCCAGAGAAGGAAUAUCAAAAUUGUCAUAAAAAACCCAGUAGAGUCAGCCUAAUUUACACAAAUUUCAAAAAUAUA